AUGGUUGAAGAUCCUAUUGGGAGAAUUGAGGAUUGCUUGUCAAAGUCCCAUGAAGCUAUAUUGAUAAUAAGGCGGCCAUCAGCAUUGCUCAUAAUCCUGUGCAACAUGAUCGGACUAAACAUGUUGAGAUUGACAGGCACAUCCCUUCGUUCCAUCCUGGAUCAUGCCUGGUUCACUCGUUCUCGUUCUGUAGAUGCGAGCUUCCUUCUCCGAUCAUGGUUCCUGAUCGGAGCUGAGUCAUAUUUCAGUGUGGAAAUCGAUGGAUCUCUCCCUCGUUUCCCACAAUGGCGCCAGAUGAUGGCCCUUUCUCAGUUACGUUGGGGCCCAAGGCUGAUUCGGCCCUUUUCAAAGCAUAUGUUGGUUCCUCAAGUUCAACCAGUUGUAGAAGGGAUACAUGUAUGUUGCCUGGGUACUUCUUCCACUGUUAACUACGAUCCCUGCUUGGCUAGCAUAAUUUCCAAAACAAAUAUAUUAGUUGUUGAAGGGUAUUUAUUCGAAUUUCCUGAUACGAUCAGAACAAUUACAAAGGCGUGCGAGGAUGCCCACAGGAGUGGUGCUCUGGUUGCUGUCACAGCUUUAGAUGUCUCCUGCAUCGAGAAACAUUAUGAUGACUUCUGGGAGAUUAUGGGGAACUAUGCCGACAUUGUGUUUACUAACAGUGACGAAGCAAAAGCUUUCUGUCAUUUUUCCUCAAAGGAAAACCCCAUUUCUGCUGCACGGUACCUAAGCCACUUUGUUCCCCUAGUCUCGGUCACAGAUGGGCCACGUGGUUCUUACAUUGGUGUUAAAGGGGAAGCUGUGUAUAUCCCUCCUUCACCGUGUGUACCAGUGGACACCUGUGGGGCUGGAGAUGCGUAUGCAUCAGGCAUCUUGUAUGGUAUUUUACGGGGUGUGUCAGAUUUGAAAAGCAUGGGUACAUUAGCAGCUAGGGUUGCAGCUGUAGUUGUUGGGCAACAGGGUACCCGACUUAGAGUUCAAGAUGCUGUUGAGUUAGCGGAAUCAUUUGAAUUCCAUCUAGAUAGCUCCAGCAUUCAUUCAGAUGUGGGCUUUGAUCAAAUUUCUAGCUUGUAAUACAUAAUGCUGAUUUUGUAAUUGUUUCAUUAGACUGAAUUCAUUGCUUAUUGGCUUCGUAACUCUGUACAUUCAAUUUUAUUAUACAUUAUAUUAUAUAUACUGGCAAGGAAGAUGCCAAUAGUUGAUAAAAAUA